UGCCAAAUUUCAGUUAACAAGAACUGCGCUGACCUUUACAAGUCUGGCAUCAAAAUAAGCGGUGUGUACAAAAUCAAACCUGAUGCUUUGGGUGAAUUUGAAGUUUUCUGUGAUCAGAAAACAGAUCGUGGAGGUUGGACAGUGUUUCAGCGAAGACGAGAUGGGUCUGUAGAUUUCUACCGAGCUUGGAAUGAGUACAAGAAUGGCUUUGGCAAUCUAAACGGUGAGUUUUGGCUUGGUCUAGACAAGAUCCAUCGUCUGACUGUUCAUGGUGAUUACAAGCUUCGUGUAGACUUGGAAGACUUCGAAGGAAACAAGGCGUACGCAGAAUACAGUUCAUUUGGCGUGACAAGCGAGAAGGCCAAGUACGUGUUGAGUUUGGGAAGUUAUUCAGGUAAGAUCAUAUCGUUGUCAAUUUAUUUCCUUACCUAAAGUAGCUAAAGUAAUAGUUUUCACGCAGUAAAUGCGUUGCUUUGUUCCUGCCAAUCUCUUUUUCUUCCCCCUUCCCUUUCCUAUUGUUCCUUCUCGCACUGCUAUUUCUUAGUGUGAAGGGUGCCUGUUUUGUUGCCUUUUGUGAGGGGGCUCAUGGCUGGGUUGCGCUGUUGCGCCAGCCAUAUGGGAGCGUUAUUCAAUCUAGGGGUAGAGACUGACUGGCCGCUAAAAGUGGACUCCCCUAGAUAGUUUAACAAAUCCACGAUUUAUUGGGGUUGAAUUUACAGGAACCGCCGGAGAUUCUCUAGCUCCUCACCGUGGUAUGGCAUUCAGUACCAGGGAUCGUGAUAACGACCAGUAUUCGUCCAACUGUGCCAUAAAUUAUAGAGGCGCCUGGUGGUACAAAAAUUGUCACUCCUCCAAUCUGAAUGGCCUGUACCUUCCAGGUCAGAUCAAUACCAAAGGAAUGACAUGGUGGGGAUGGAAAAAAAGCUACUACUCUUUCAAGAGGUCCGACAUGAAGAUACGUCCAAAGGACUUUUAA